GUUCUAACCGUGAUCAUCGGCUGCAUCUACAUCUCUAACAAGCCGCCAGUGCUGACAUGGAAGUGGAGUGAGUGCGGAUGGUCGAACCCAGAUGAGUACACGUUGUGGGUGGACUGCAACGACACGUGGAAGAGCAGCUGGGGCAUGACAGCCCUGCCCAACUACAUGGCUCU